CAGCAUUCCCGCGAAGAUGUUUCCGGCAUACACUCAGUCGACAGAUUAUCCCUUUGACUCACGAUCGGCGUUGCUAUCACUUGCUGGGAGCGUGGUGCCGACGACCGCUCUUAAGAGCCAUGUUUAAAUACCAACCGCUUGAUGCCUCGCCGAAUGAAGUACGAUUGAUUACUGUCUUACCACGACAGAGAAUACAACGAUGGAGUCAGCGUCACGGAAAACCUGAAAGCCGCUCUCCAAGAAAUGUCAACUCAAAGAAAUACAAUCAGAAUAUGGAUAGAUGCUCUCUGCAUCAAUCAAAUGAUCUCCACGGGCGUGCGCAUGAGGUCGAGCGCAUGGCAGAUAUUUAUCGGGGUGCCUCAAAAGUGAUUGCUUGGCUGGGUCUCAAGACCUAGGAAACUACCUGCGCAUUUGAGGUGAUAGAUGGCAUUGCAAGUGAAACCUGGAAAUGAACCCGGAACAGUCGCCAAGCUGAAGAUGGACUUUCAGCAUUGUUGGAUUCUAUCCGGACAGACCAAUCUCGAUAUACAGACGGCCAUUGGAGUACCCUUGGCGUGUUCCUCGAGCUUCCCUACUGGCGUCGGGUCUGGAUAAUCCAAGAACUUGCGGUGCCGAAUUACCAAGCUCUUAUUGCCUGAGGAGAUGAGAUCUGCUGAGGGAAAUCCGAAUUUGGAAGACUAAUCCUCCACGAG